AUGGGCAACAAGAGCGAUAAUGUCGAGUUUGUCGAAGAGCUUCAACACACCCAGACGCUCGACCAAGUCGAGACCAUGGGAACCGUCAAACUGACCGACGGAGCCAUCGUUUACAUCCCCUCGCCCACUGCGGAUCCUCAGGACCCUCUGAACUGCCCUGUAUGGCAAAAGUGGUUGAUCUUGGUCAUCAUCUCAUGCUUCUCUGCUCUCGGUCUCUCACUCGUCAGUGGUUUCGGCGGUCUACUAGGAUUCUACAUCCCUGGUUAUGUCGCCAUUGGCAAGGGUUACGCAGACAUCACUCAUCUGAUGACCUAUCCUACUCUCUUUAUGGGAAUUGGCAAUAUUAUUGGUAUGCCAUUCGCCAUUGGUGUCGGUCGCCGUGUUAUCAUUCUGCUCUCAACCCUGGUCCUCGUCGUCGGUGCUGUUCUUUGCGCAGUGUCAACAUCUUAUGAGAUGCACCUUGCCGCCCGCUGCAUCGUCGGACUUGCCGCUGGUCAAAGUGAAGCCUUGGUUCCCAUGAUCACCCAGGAAAUGUACUUCCUUCACGAGCGCAGCAAAUAUCUCAUGACUCAACAAGCCAUUCAGGUCAUCCUCACCACAAUUUACGUCGUCUUCGCCAGCCCUAUCGCUGGGGCUAUCACACCCAAGUGGUGGUACGGUCUCGGUGCUGUCUUAUCAGCUGUUCUCUUUGUACUUGCUGCUCUCUUCCUGCCCGAGACCAAGUACGACCGUCCUCUUUCAUCCUACCAGGAAGCCACCGAGCACAGCUUCGAUGUUGAGGAGACUGUCAACAAGGCAUCGCCAUCGCUUCAGCUUUGCACCGUCAGACCCGAGCUUGACUUCACUCGCUACGCUCCCCGCACAUUCCGCUCUGAUCUCAGAAUCUGGGUUGGUAAGCCUGACUUUGGUGCUGUCUUGAACGUCUACAAGCAAAUGUUCGGUCUUCUCCUCUUCCCCAACGUCUUCUGGGCUCUGUGUCUCAAUGGUCUGACCCUCGGUGCCAACAUCGCAAUCGGCACGACUUAUGGAAACAUUGUCACCAAGCCUCCAUACAACUGGGCCCAGGAUAGCGCCAGCUACGUCAAUAUCGGUCAGAUCGUUGUUGCCAUCAUCGCUCUUCCUGUCCUUGGUCAUGGCUCGGACAGAAUCGUUAAGUGGAAGGCCCAGCGCAACGGUGGCAUUCACGAGCCCGAAAACCGCAUCUUGCCCCUUGCCUUCCCCCUUGUUGUCGGAGUCUUCUCUUGCGUGCUCUACGGACUUGCUGCACAAAAUCCAACGCACUAUCAUUGGUUCACUUACGUCUGGGUCGUUGCUGCCUACUAUUUCGCUUUCGUUGGAGCCAACAUUGUCGCCAUCACCUACUUGCUCGACAGCUAUCCCGCUCGCGCAGGGCCUCUCUUGGUCAUUGUCUGUGCUAUGAGAGGAGUCAUGAGCUUCGGUGUCAGUUACGGUAUCCAGCCUAUGAUCGAUGCGAAGGGCUAUGACGGUGCAUUUGGCAUCUUCGCUGCUUUGACCGCAGCUUUCGGUCUCAUGGGGAUCGCUGUCUACGUCUGGGGCAAGAACAUCAGAGCCUUUACUGGUAGAUGGGCUAAGGACAAGAAGGAGUAG